AUUUCAGGUAAUAUCCAGAACGAACCAUGGCUCUCAAAACAUGUGCACAGGUUGCUGUUUCCCAACUACUGAAGGCUAGUAGGAGGAGUUUUGCUGCAGCCGCCGAAUCUAUCACUGUGCGAGACGCCUUGAACCAGGCCAUGGAUGAGGAAAUCAAGCGUGAUGAUCGCGUAUUUCUUAUCGGAGAAGAGGUCGCUCAGUACGAUGGCGCUUACAAGAUAUCGAAAGGAUUGUGGAAGAGAUAUGGUGACGAACGUAUCGUUGACACGCCUAUCACUGAAAUGGGCUUUACCGGACUGGCUGUUGGAGCUGCGUUCGCCGGUCUUCGUCCUAUCUGUGAAUUCAUGACUUUUAACUUUUCUAUGCAAGCUAUAGAUCAGAUCAUCAAUUCUGCUGCCAAGACGUACUACAUGUCAGCUGGACGGGUUCCAUGUCCUAUUGUUUUUCGUGGCUGUAACGGAGCUGCUGCUGGUGUGGCUGCUCAACAUUCCCAGGACUUUUCAGCUUGGUUUGCCCAUUGUCCAGGAUUAAAGGUCAUUGCUCCUUACAGUGCGGAAGAUGCAAAAGGUCUUUUGAAAGCCGCUAUCAGAGAUGAUAACCCAGUUGUGUUUCUGGAAAACGAGAUUCUCUAUGGUCAUUCAUUCCCGGUCACUGAGGAAAUGAAAAAAGACGACUUUGUGUUACCGAUCGGAAAAUGCAAGAUUGAGAGGCCCGGAGAUCACGUUACAAUCGUUACGUUUUCGAAAGGUGUGGAAUUAUCACUAGCGGCAGCCAAAGAACUUGAAUCUGCAGGAAUCAAGGCUGAAGUUAUCAAUCUCCGCACUUUACGUCCUCUUGAUUUCGAAACGAUAAAACAGUCGAUCAUGAAAACUCAUCAUUUGGUGACUGUAGAACAAGGAUGGCCAUUCGCUGGUAUCGGAGCUGAGAUUUGCGCACAAGUGAACGAAUCACCAGCUUGGGAUUAUUUGGACGCUCCAAUUCUUCGCGUCACAGGAGUCGAUGUACCCAUGCCAUAUGCCCAACAUCUUGAAGAUGCUGCUCUUCCUCAACCACAUCACAUUGUUGAGACAUGCAAAAAGAGUCUGAACGUCAAGUAA